CUUUAUCUUUUUAUUGUUUGUUUAAAUAUCUAAAAAUAGUUUAUCUGGAAAUAUAUCAUUGAAAAUUGUAUUUUACCAUGCCACUUGAAAAAUACGAAAAUUUUUUGAAUUUAUCUGUCAAAAAGCUUGUUAGUUUUUUAACUGUUCGUGGGCUAAGUACUACUGGACGCAAAGUCGAGCUUGUUGCUAGAGCAUUUACUGCAAUGGAAUUAAAUAUAGAUGUUAUAGAGACAGCAGAAGAACAGGAAAAAAAACUUAAGCAAUCUUAUACGGACAAGCUAAAAGCUCUAGAUCUAAUUGACCCAAACUCUGUUCCAAUGGAAAAUAGAAAAGACUUAGUAUCUGAGUGGCCUAGUAUAACAAUGGGAAAUAUUUUUUCAUAUAUUCUUAAUAAAAAAUAUUUUGAUUCGGAAUAUAUUGGCAAAUAUAAGGACCAAAAAGCAUUUUCAUUUUUCGAUAGUGGUUUUGUAGGCCCAAUAAUGCACUUCAGGUUUAAAAAAGAUGUUUUAUUCGCAUAUUCUGAAGUGUGUGGUUCGCAAAAAAUUCACAAAAAAAGAAAGCUUUGGAUUGCCUUUUGUAAUAAUGAUAUUCUUUCUGCUUGGUGUUCGUGUAUGGCUGGAGCUUUUGAAGUUUGCAAUCAUGUUAUUGCCACCCUUUAUAAAAUGGAAUAUGCUAAUAACAAAGGUUGGUGUAAUCCAACAUGCACAGAACAAGCUUGUGUCUGGAAUAAGUCUUCUAGAAAAGAUAUAAAACCAUGCUUAAUAACUGACCUAGUUGUAAGAAAAAAAAUUGCAAAUAAUGAAAAAAAUGAUAAUAAUAAGGAAAACACAAGGAUGAAAGCAUUGCAAGAAUUCGAUCCAAGAAUCGAAAGUCAUCGUGAAUUUAAUGAACAUUCAUUUGAAACUUUUUUAAACAACAUUCAUAUAUCCGAGCCUUCUGCUGUAAUAUUUAAAUCAAAAAUUAAAAAAUCUGAUGAAAAUUUUGUAAGUAAUGCUGAUCUUGAAAAGCUAUCAUUUGAAAUACUUUUAGACCAUCCUAACGUUGAUGAGUCAACAUUAGGGAAAAUAUUAUUAGAAAAAAUGGUUUUAACACAUGAAACAAUUAAAAACGUGGAAUAUAACACAAGAGAUCAAGCUAAAAGCAAUACCUGGUUUCAAAUGAGAAAGGGGAGGAUAACUGCAUCCAAACAUCGCAGAAUAUAUACCAAAGUUAAUACUCUUUCUAGAAAUACAAGUUCUAAGAAGCCUAAAACAACUCCUCAUGUUGCUGAGAUUUUAUACCCUCAUAAAAAAACAUUUGUUACUGCUUCUAUCAAAUGGGGAAUUGAUCAUGAGCAAGAUGCUAUAAAAAAAUUUUAUGCAGAGCAUGUAUCAAAUCACACUGAUUUAAAAAUUGAAAAAAGUGGUCUCUUUAUUUUGUAUGAUAGACCUUACAUUGCUUGCUCCCCAGAUGGAUUUAUGGUAUGCAAAUGUCAUGGUAGAAUGUGUUUAGAAGUUAAAUGUCCUUUUAAAAUUUUUAAUAAAACAAUCAAAGAAGGAGCUAGUGAAUGUAAUUUCUUUACAAUAAAAAAUGAUCAAAUAACAUUAAAUAAGUGUCAUAAAUAUUACACAUAGAUUAAUUCCCAAAUGGCAAUUACAAAUUGCAAGUCAGCAUAUUUUAUUGUUUGGACACUUAAGGACUUAUAUGUUGAAAUAAUCGAAUUUGAUCAAGAGCUCUGGGAUACGGUGAAAACAAAUUUAGAUAUUUUUUUCAAAACAUAUGUUUCUCCAGCAUUAUUACUAAUAAAACCUAUAACAUUCUGUGGAAAAUGCGAUAAACUUAUACUCGAAGAUCCAGAAAUCAAUGUUAAAGAAUUUAAUGAAUUUAGCAGUAUUCAAUGUGAAGUAUGUUGCGCUUGGUUUCACUGUUCAUGUCAAAAUUUAAAAAAAGAAGACUAUGAGUUAAUAGCAGAUCUAGACUGGGUUUGUUGCAUGUGCUCAAUGUCUAGUUUAUGUUUAGCUUAAAUCUUCAAUGGAUAUUUUAUUAAGAGUUGUAGAUAAAUAUGGUGUUUUUUUAUUUA